AUGCAUACUUUUGUGAUGGAGCCACUAACACAUAGCGCUCUUGUGAAGAUUAUCGACCGUGGAUUGCUAGAAGUGAACAGGACAAGAAAACAUGUCUACAAUUUGCAUCUUGUGGCUCUUUCACGAGAUGCCAUUGAUUACGUCGCAAACAUCAGCUCGGGAGAUUCAAGAGUAGCGCUCAAUAUCUUGGAAACAAUCAAUGCAUACCUUUCAGGAGUCAGCUACUCGGCGUUCUCGAACUAUGAGGAACCAGAAAAGGCGAUAAAAGUGCCCGAAAAAUUCGGUGUCAUCAAGAUUAGCAUGAAAGAACUCAAGCCCUUGUUGAGUACACGCAAUUAUCACCAGAUGUAUGACAGAGUCGGGGAAAACCACUAUGAUAUUAUCAGUGCAUUCCACAAAUCAGUUCGUGGCUCUGAUGCUGAUGCAGCAGUAUUCUACUUGGCCAAGAUGUUAUCUGGAGGAGAAGACCCCAUGUUCAUUGUACGUCGCAUGAUUGUUAUCGCCAGCGAGGACAUUGGUUUGAGAGAUAGUUCGUGCCUCCCAUUCGUUGUUGCCGUGAAAGAUGCCCUUGAGUUUGUGGGCAUGCCAGAAGGAGAGAUAAUACUUGCCCAUUGUGCGGUGAAACUUGCCCGUGCAUUAAAGUCUACAAAGUCCUACCGAGCUUUGCGUACUGCCCAGUCUCUUCUCAAGGAGCAGCCCGAACUCACAUCCAUUCCUGUUCCAUUGCAUUUGCGAAACGCUCCUACAAAGUUGAUGAAAGAGAUGGGAUACGGUGAUACAUAUAGAUACAAUCCGAGCUUUGAAAAUGGAGUUGUACGGCAACAGUAUACGCCAGAGGCCCUCAAAGACCAAAAAUUUGUCGAAGAUACUCAUUUGGGUACGGCAAGAGACCCGCUUGUUCCCGAUGAGGAAUAUCUGUCUAUUACUGAAGCUGAUAAAGAAUACGAAGAAUUCAAAAAACAGAGACGAAAAGAAAUGGAACAGGAAACUCUAGAAAGCGAAGAACGUCACACCUAUGACGAAUUUCUUGCAAAAGAUGAUCAGCCAGAAUACUUUGAUGGAGAGGAAAGAGACGCUUACUCUGAUGAUCCGGAUUGCACCCAUAACUUUGACCAGAGUUACGACGAGAAUUUGAGCCAAGAUCAACAGCCUCAGUACUACCGCCAGUUUAGUGAGCGGUAA